AUGAACAAGUCGGACAGCGGAGCCGGGCUCCCGCUCGCCAACGGCGGCACCAGCGCGAGCGCGUGCGCCAAGCGCGAGAGGGCGUGGCUGCAGCUGCGGCAGAACACGCCGUGGGCGGUCGUGUUGCCGGUGCUGGUGCUGCUGCUGCUCGCGGUGGCAGUUGCACCGCGCGCGUGGCACAGCGUUCGCCAAAUGCAGCAGCAGCUGGUGCAGCUGCAACAGGACGUGCUGGAGGUGCGGGAGCAGUCGCGGCGCGCGCCGCCGUCGCAACAAGCGCCUCGCAAGCAGCAGCAGCAGCCGGGAUUUGCUGAGGGCGAGCCGCUAGUGGAUCAGGGCCAGCAGCAGAGCCCAAUUGAGGGGCAGGAGGUCGGCCAGCCAGCGCAGCCAACGCAGCCGACGCAGCAGCGAACGCCGGGAGGCGCAGCCAGCCCGGACGCCAAUGUCGCGCCCUCGCCCGCCCCGCCCCGCCAGCCCCGGCGCCGCGGGCAGCGGUGGUGCCCGUAUGGCGACCUGCCAGGCACCUGGGUCAGCGGCGGGCCGCCCGGCACCAGGUGGCAGCUGCUGGACGGCACCUGCCGACUAAGGGACCUGCUUGGUGUGUACGCCCCCACCAACAGCACCGCAGCCGCCGCCUCGGCCACGGGCGCAACGCCGGGCCGCGCGGGGGGAGAGCGUGCGGCGGCUACGUCUGCGCCGCCGCCGCCGCUGCGCCUGCUGCUGCUGUCAGAUUCGGUGGACCGUUACAUUACUGGCCACCUGUGCGACUGGCUGGGGGGCACCCAGGAUGCCCAGCUGGCGCCAGAGGUUUUGCACGCUGCCGCCGCCAGCGCCGCCGGCGCCGGCGCCUCCGACGGCGCGUCGGCCGGCCACGGGGGCGCGCGGCGCGCGCGGAUGCGGGUGCGGCUGCGUCGCAGGGCGCUGCUGCAGCGGGCGGCGCGGGACGGCCCGCAGCAGGAGCCUGGCGGGCAGGGAGGGGGCGCGGACGCGGCCCCCGGCGGGCGGCAGCAGCCCACUAAUGUCUACUCGACAGCUUACAGCCUCCACAAGUGCGUGGUGACGUCACCCCUGAAGGUGGCGAGCAGCUACUUCCCGGGGGUGCACCCCACGGGGCCGUGGCACAGGAACGUGACGCAGUCGUUUCGCAAGCGAAUUGACAGCGCCGCGGCGCUGUGGCGCGAGUUCGCCGGCAACCAAGACCCGGACAUCGUGUCUGUGUCGGCGCUGCUGUGGGAUCUGGCGCGGCUCUGGUUUCACGAGCGCGGCGCCGUCCAGGGCCCGGAGCUGAGCCGGGACUUGCUACAGGGCUGGAUGGCGAAUUUCACGGACGCCGUGGCCCAUGCACGCACCGCCUUCCCAAAUGCCAAGGUGUUUGCGACCCACACCACGCUUCCGCCCCGCUUCAAGCCCAGCACGGGCCUGGCCGCCAAGCCCUACCUCGGGCGCCCCUACUACGUGGCGCAGCUUAAUGCGGCGCUGCGGACUGUGGCGGCGGAGCUGGGGUUGCAGGUCGUGGAUUAUGCGCAGAUCGGCGGCCGCUUCCUGGCGGACCAGAGUUAUUUGGUGGAUCUGAUCCACCCUGUGAGGGAUGUUGGACUCGAAAUCAUCAACGUGUACCUGAACCUCGCGGCGCAGGCGCAGGCCACCCCGCCGCCACCCCUGGCUGACGCGGGCGGGUGA